AUGCAGCAAGCAGGAGGCCUCACGGCCGACCUAAAGGACCAGAAACACCCUGGCAUUGCAGAUUUGAUCCAGCAAGGCGAAAAUGUGGAAGUAGCCGAGCUCGACAAGUCUGGAAAUGUUCAACGUCGAUGGCUACACCGUCAGGACAACCAGCUCGAUCCCAAAAACCAACCAAAAGGCAUAUUUCACAGCUCUAUCCGAGAAUGGAAACGCGUCCUCUCAGAUGCCUUUCUCCCCGUCGGAUUCCCUCACUCCGUCUCCAGUGACUACCUCGCCUACCAAACCUACGACUCACUCCAGGCAUUCUUCUCAACAAUCACAGCCCUGCUGGCCAACCGCGCUCUCCUCCAAGGCCUGGGCGUAGGCGACGCCGGCUCCUCCGCCACGUUCGCCAUGCUCAUCACCAUCUUCAAAGACGCGACGUCUCGCAUCGCCACCAUCGUGUUCGCGCACCGCUUCGGCCUGCGCAUCGAGCCGGACGCCAAGAAAUUCCGCUUCCUCGCUGAUAUUUUCAACGACUCAGCUUUCUUUCUUGAGCUGUACAGCCCUUACUUUGGGGACUAUGGCAAGAUCCUCGCCCUUUCGGUUGGCCAGGCGCUGAGGGCGCUGUGUGGAGUGGCCGCUGGCGCGAGUAAAGCUGCUUUGAGCGUGCAUUUUGCCAAGCAUGAUAAUUUGGCGGAGUUGAAUGCGAAGGAGGCUAGUCAGGAGACGGCCGUUGGACUGAUCGGCCUUCUUGUCGGCACGCUUGUGGUAAAGGUGGUGGAGGACCAUCGGAGUGUCGUUUAUUUGAUGGUGACUCUGGUGUUUGUGCAUCUGUGGAUGAACUAUCUUGGCGUGAGGAGUGUUUGUAUGACAACGCUUAAUCGUCAACGGGCUACCAUUUUGUUCCGGGAGUACAUGAGGACGGGUAAGGUGCUUUCUCCGGAGGGGGUGGCAGCUAGUGAAAGCAUUAUCCUUUGGCGGCCCGUUGUGGAUAAUGAGAAUGGCGAACUGGUUUGCAAGAUUGAAUUUGCGGAAAGUUACCAGAAUGCUGUUGAGGGUUCUACUACGAGUAGUGUCAGGGUCGUGGAUGGAGAAAUGCACACUUCUUUUAUUAGUGAGUCCCAUGGCGGCCGUAUGGGAAACAUUAAGAUUCUGCUUUGGUUUGGGUGCGAGCCUAGACAUGCUGUUUUGGGGUGGUUCAAAGCCAUGGAAGCCGCUUGGUCCAUGGACAAGGAAAAUUACAAGACCAAAGAUACUUCAGCAAAGAGACAUGCGGAUGACAAGGAACUUUGGGGGGCUCUGGGCCAACUUGGUUGGGAUUUGGACACGCAGGCGUUUGAGACGGCGGCACCGAUUCGUCUGCGAGUUCAGUCGACCAGCCGAAAAGACCAGUGA